CAUAAUUUAUAUAAUACAAAUUAAACCGAAAACAUAUAAUUCGUCCGGAAACCAGCACUGCGACGUGAGGAAACGGGCUCGAAACUGCCUCGUAGCGAAACCUUCAUUAGAGUUUCGCGAUGUUUUUCACGGAAUUACCACCGGAAAUUCUGUCGCAUAUAUUGAGUUUUCUCAAUGGAGUAGCAAUCACAAAGUUAUCAUUAACAUGCAAACUUAUGUAUCAGAUGUCUGAGUGUGACAUAUUAUGGAAACAACGCUGUUUACAUGAGUACAAAUUUACUUGUCUUGAAGGAUGGAAUCUUUCAUUUAAAGAAGUUUAUGCGAAAGUUCUUCACAAAUAUGGUUUUUUGCAUGGCCUAUGGAAGAUAAGGACAGACUGUUAUGGUGGACUCGUACAAGUGCAGUACACUGAUGGAAGCAUAGUAGGACAUGAAUAUUUUGGACAGCAAGACAUUAAUAAAGAGCUUAUAAAGGCAACCUUAUUUACAGUAUCAGUAGAGCCCAGCAGUGGAAUCUCUUUAGAAUGGCAUAGAAGAAUGUAUAAGACAACAACACCUUGCACAAUAAAUGCGGAAGGAUGUACGCCAUAUGAAAGAUUUUCCCUUGUGUGGCACAGAGACCUGAAUGAUGAGUCAGAUGAGGUGGACGAGAUGGCCAAGCAAAGGUUUGCAGCAGAAUGCAGGUUGAGAGGGGUACAGUGGCUGAUUCACUUUACAGGGGACAAAUUUCAGAACGUUAACAUACAAACACAGCAAUUUGAAAGACUCUACUUACCUGCUCCGUUGACUGUAUUGGAUCCGCUCUGUCCUCUCCGAGAGGGCCUCUUUAAGGGGAUGUACAGUGCGCACGGUACUGAGAUCAUGUUGGUGACUAUCAACUGGGAGAAAAAGGACGUGUCGGUGCUGAAAAUUUCAGGCGACAGUAAUGUCCCAGCAGGUGAAGUAAGUGUGGAGGCUGACCUGUCUAGGCCCAUGCUUCUCACGCGAGAACAGCAGAUUACCAUAGAACAGGUGGCUGCUAUAGACCGCGAUGCCCCUUUACCCGUCAUCGGUGAUGCAUUGACGUCCUUUAGACAGCCCUUUGUGAUUCCUACACAUGAGAGUGCUGAUAUGGAGGCGCCUGACAUGUGCUUAUGCAGAUAUCACGCACUUGGCACUGUUUCCCCUACGGGCUAUGUUGACCCACAGCGUAUCCCAGUUCACUUCGUUGUGUUUGACGCGGACACGUUCGGCGUUAUCUGGAUAGACCUUUACCACUUUUCGUUCUACAGACGUGUACACGAGGAACUUGGGGCAUCAGGUGUGAGCUAGCUUUAUCAGUAUUUAUGCACUCUUUUUUGCCUUAAAAAUGACUAGAUUGUGUUGUUAAGUUAAAUUUUGUUUAAAAAAUGUGAGUACAAUUGAUGUUGUUUCUAUUCUUUUGAAAUUUAUUAAAUGUUAAUGUUGUUCGAACCAAUAUUACGUAUACAGAUAGCUUUCGUAGAGGUUGGUAUGACAGUCAAUGAAUGGAUGGAUUUUAAUCCCUUAAUAUCCAUGCUGAGUUUGAACCAUGGCAAAUAUGUAAAUAAUGGUCACACAAUGGCCUGGAUAUUUAAAUGGGCGAGACCUAAUUGUUCCAACAUUCAUAUUAGCAACUUGUUUACUAGUUUUUAUUCGCGAGACGUUACAAUAUUGUAAAUUGUAUCAUUUUAAUCAUGAGAAGUUGCAUAAUUGUAGCAAAUAAUUUAUUUUUUUCUCCCAUCUUAUAUCACCAUUAUUUUAACAAUUAUGCAAAACGUGUGUACAAUGAAGCACCGCCCGAUAUUAUACAUGCUGACUAUGUUAGAACAAGUUGUUUUAACGACUUAAUGAGUAACCCUUACAGCGAUGUUUUUGCCCAAUUAGGAAAAAGUAAUGGUGCCAGCCCAAUUGGGAAAAAUAUGUGCGAAAACCCCUGAAAUUGGGAAAAUUUGCGUUGUGAAGUCUUCAUAUUGAGAAAUUGAUGAAUUUGAUUAUUAUCCCCCGUCAUAGGUGGAGGGAUAUUGUUUUGGCUUUGUCCAUCCGUCUUUCUGUCCGUCUGGAUCCAUAUCUUGGAAGUGCUUUGAGGAUUAUGCACGGCAAAUGGCAUUGUAAACCAUCUGUUUAUAACAGAGUUAUGGCCUUUGUAUCUUGAAACAAAUCUUUCUUAUAUAAGCUUACAGCUUUAUCUCCAUUAACACAUGAGCCAGAGCCAUGAAACUUGCCAUAGUUGUUCUCAAUCAUCUGAGGUUGCUUCACAUUCAACACCCAUAAUCCUAGGGGCUAAGGUCAAGGUCACACAUUGAGGUCAAAGGUCACAAAUUUGAUGAAUUAUUCAUGAUUUAGUCAUUCCUUUACUAGGCCAUGAAACUUGCUAUAGUGGUUCUCAAUCAUCUGGGGAUGCUUCACAUUCAACUCCCCCGCCAUAGGCUGACUGAUAUUGUUUUGGCGUUGUCCGUCCGUCUUUCCGUCCGUCCAGAGCCAUAUCUUCGAAGUGCUUUGGCAGAUUUCAUUGAAACUGUGUAUGAGUAUAUAUAUGGAAAAGAGGAUGAUGCACGACAAAUGGAACUGCACACCAUCUGUUAAUAACAGAGUUAUGGCCCUUUGUAUCUUGAAAAAAAUGCUUUUUAAUAUAAGCUCACAGCCUCUCAAUUAACACAUGAGCCAGAGCCAUGCAACUUUCUAUAGUUGUUCUCUAUCAUCUAGGGAUGCUUCACAUUCAACACCCAUAAUCCUUAUGGCUAAGGUCAAGGUCACACAUUGAGGUCAAAGGUCUACACCCAUCCAUAAACAAAAUUUAUUUCGCGGGGUAUAUCAAUUGAACGUAUUUGCUUUUUUUUCCUCCCAAAUACUUACAAUUGAUAACUCGGUGUUUUCAAGUUGUCAAUAUUAUAUUUACUUAGGUUCAAGACAUAGAGGUGCAAAUGGAAACUAACUAAAUAUUAUUUAUAAAAAAAACUUAAUUAAUUAUUUAUUUUGGAAAACAUUAAAUUGGGAUUUUUUUGUACAGCGAUUGGGAAAUUUGUAUUUUUUCCUUAGAGGGAAAGUGCCGUUUUCCGAUACUUUAUAAAGAAGGACAAAAAUCGCUGGCCUUACUAGUGUGGUAAUUGUUGUAAAUUACAUUUUGUUUGAAACAUAAUAUUGUAUUUGUAAAAUAGCAAAGAUACAUAUAUGUUUGUGUUGUCCAUUGGUAAAAAAUGUAUUAUCAUAUGUGUGAUUGUCGUUCAGAAAUUAUGUUUAAUUGUGUGAUUGUGUGUGAUAUAAACUAAUAUCUGUGAUACCAAAAUGUCCAUAUUUAUUAAUAAAGACGAAUGUAUGA